AUGUCCUUGCCAGCAAAAUCAAACGGAUAUGAUAACUGGAAGGGCCAGAGCCAGUGUGGAGCCUGGGCAGGGAGCGACCAGAAUAGGAACUAUAGCAAUCAUGUUGGGCACAUUGAAGUAAAGACACCAGUAGUGAACCUACAUAUAUUCUAUGCUGUGAUUUUAUCCCUUGGGACCGCAUGUUCCUACGGUAACAGGGGAGUCUGCAGCUUUCUACGGUGCUCGAGUAGGCAGCGCCAAAAAGCGGGGAUUCCAAUCCUAGAAGGCUAUCCUGGUAGACGACGUGGCAGCGAACAGUACCGCAAAGUCCACUUCAAUGUUGGACUUACCGAAAUGACUGAGCAUCAGUUUGGGAUAAGUCAGCCAGCCAGUGCAUCAGCGGAUGAUAAAGUUGAUUUGUUGCGGCAUACGGCCUCGAUGGAUGCGCACGUUGGGAUGUUCGUGUCCCUAGACUAUAGCCCUCCUAGUGUACAGCAGUAUCCAGCAAUGACUUCCAGGUACUCCACUCAGCACUGCGUUGGUGCAGAACAGGAUGUCUGUGAAAACGGUGCGCUAACGUGGUAUUCUUGCGCGCUCAGAUCUCAGCCUAGCCACCAAGACACCCAAGUGCAUGUGGUCUCGCGCCCUUGGGAGAAGAACAUUUCAUCCACCAACGGCCAUACCCCCUCAAGCCCCAUGGAUCGAUGGCAGGCACAGACACGCGGAGAUGAGCCGUGGAACAAUAUCACACAAAUCCGGGCCCCUCAAUCGGCAUCUAACCAAGCUAGUGCCGAAUAUGAACUGGCAACGUCGAGCGUUGUAGCUGAAGCAGAGUCUAAGAAGUAG